AGGGUUUUUCAGGGGUCAGCGGGCGGCCCGGGCACCAAGAGAGGCUGCCCGAAAAAUAUCUCUCAUUUCAUUUGGCGUCCCUCCCGCUUCUUCAAAGCAAUUCGAAAUAGAUUUAUAUAUCUAUAUAUAUAUAUAUAUAUAUAUAUAUAUUCCUCUCUCAUUUGCAUUUCGGCUUCGCUUGAGCGCUUGACCAAUCCCCUAGUUGUCCGCAACCUUCACACACUGCCUCGGAGUGGGAAGUACCGUUGGAGAGUGAGCGAAACCCUAGCUCCGUCGGUACUAUAUUUUCCAAGUCCCCUCGCUGCAUCGGAUCUCCUCAUAAGAUUGUUUGCUCCUUCCUAUUUCUGCAAUAUAUGGCUAUGGAGAUCACUCAAUUUCUAUUGUCUGCCCAAUCGGCAGAUGCAAAGGUCCGAACUCAAGCAGAGGAUAACCUUAGGCAGUUUCAAGAGCAGAAUUUGCCUGCUUUCCUUCUAUCAUUGUCUGUUGAGCUCUCAAAUGAUGAGAAACCAGCUGAAUCCCGAAGGUUGGCUGGUAUUGUUAUUAAGAACUCUUUGGAUGCCAAAGAUGCUGUUAGGAAGGAAAGCCUUGUUCAACAAUGGGUGGCAAUUGACAUUUCUGUCAAGUCACAAAUCAAAGACUUGCUUUUGAAGACACUUGGAUCAUCUGUGUCAGAGGCAAGGCACACUUCUGCGCAAGUGAUCGCCAAAAUUGCUUCAAUUGAGAUUCCACGGAAGCAGUGGCCUGAACUCAUUGGGUCUUUACUUCUCAAUAUGACCCAGCAAGACAGGCCUGCAGCAUUGAAACAGGCAACAUUGGAAACACUUGGGUAUGUAUGUGAGGAGAUAUCCCACCAGGAUCUUGUGCAAGAUGAAGUCAACUCUGUUCUUACUGCUGUAGUACAAGGCAUGAACCUUGCUGAGCACAGCCCUGAAGUUCGCCUUGCAGCAACAAAGGCUUUAUAUAAUGCCUUAGAUUUUGCCCAAACCAAUUUUGAAAAUGAGAUGGAACGAAAUUACAUCAUGAAAGUGGUCUGUGAGACAGCUGUGUCCAAAGAAGCAGAAAUUAGGCAGGCUGCUUUCGAAUGUCUUGUUUCAAUAUCGUCUACAUACUAUGAGGUGCUCGAACCUUAUAUGCAGACUAUCUUUGAUCUUACAUCAAAUGCUGUCAGAGGAGAUGAAGAGGCAGUUGCUCUUCAAGCAAUUGAGUUCUGGAGCUCCAUUUGUGAUGAAGAAAUAGAGUUUGAAGAGUAUGGGGGAGCUGAGAGUGGGGACUCUGCACCUCCCCACUCACGCUUCAUAGAGAAGGCUCUGUCAUCUCUAGUCCCAAUGUUACUAGAGACUUUGUUGAAGCAGGAGGAGGAGCAGGACCAGGAUGAUGGCAUUUGGAAUCUGUCCAUGGCUGGUGGGACUUGUCUUGGCCUUGUUGCUAGGACCGUUGGGGAUGCUAUUGUUCCCCUUGUAAUGCCUUUUGUAGAGGCCAAUAUCUUGAAGCCAGAAUGGCGUUCUCGUGAGGCAGCUACAUAUGCAUUUGGCUCAAUCCUUGAAGGCCCAACCAUUGAGAAGUUAGCCCCGUUAGUCCAUGGGGGCUUUGACUUUCUUCUUAAGGCGAUGAGGGAUGAAAACAGCCAUGUGAAGGACACAACUGCUUGGACUCUAAGUCGUAUUUUUGAAUUAUUGCACUCUCCUAGUAGUGGAUUUUCUGUGAUUUCUCCUGCCAACCUUCAGCAGGUGGUGGGAGUAUUGUUAGAGAGCAUCAAGGAUGAACCAAAUGUAGCUGAGAAGGUUUGUGGAGCAAUUUAUUACCUUGCCCAGGGUUAUGAGGAUGCUGGAACAAACUCCUCUCUCCUCACACCAUUCCUCCCAGAUAUAAUUACAUGUCUCAUCACAACUGCAGAUCGAAUGGAUGGUACUGACUCUAAGCUCAGGUCCGCUGCAUAUGAAACCUUGAAUGAGGUAGUUAGGUGUUCUAAUAUUUUGGAAACUUCCCAUAUCAUUGCACAGUUGCUCCCUGUCAUCACGAAUAAAUUGGGGCAAACUCUGGAGCUUCAGAUUGCAUCUCCAGAUGACAGGGAAAAGCAAGGAGACUUGCAAGCUCUUCUGUGCGGUGUGCUCCAGGUUAUUAUCCAGAAACUUAGCAGUAGUGAUGAUACAAAGCCCAUAAUACUCCAGGCUGCAGAUCAAAUUAUGAUAUUGUUCCUCAAGGUUUUUGCUUGCCGUAGCUCUACUGUGCACGAGGAAGCAAUGCUUGCAAUUGGGGCCCUUGCUUAUGCCACUGGACCAGAGUUCGGAAAGUAUAUGCCAGAGUUCUAUAAGUAUUUGGAAAUGGGCUUGCAGAAUUUUGAGGAAUACCAAGUUUGUGCCAUUUCUGUUGGUGUAGUUGGGGAUGUUUGCCGAGCCCUGGAUGACAAAGUAUUGCCGUACUGUGAUGGUGUCAUGGCCCACCUUCUUAAGGACCUCUCCAGUGCUGAACUCCACCGGUCGGUCAAGCCUCCAAUAUUCUCCUGUUUUGGGGAUAUUGCUCUUGCUAUAGGAGAACAUUUUGAGAAGUAUCUCCCUUAUGCAUUGCCAAUGAUGCAGGGAGCUGCUGGGAUUUGUGCCCAGAUGGACACCAACGACGAGGAGAUGAUGGAAUAUGGAAACCAGCUUAGACGUAGCAUUUUUGAAGCUUAUUCUGGUAUUCUUCAGGGGUUUAAGAAUUCCAAGUCUGAGCUGAUGUUACCACAUGCUGCACAUCUUCUGCAGUUUAUAGAAUUAGUCUCUAGAGACAGGCAAAGGGAAGAAAGUGUGACAAAAGCUGCAGUUGCUGUCAUGGGUGAUCUUGCAGAUGCACUUGGCCCAAACAUGAAGAUGCUGUUCAAAGACCAAACAUUUUGUAAUGAGUUUUUGGGUGAAUGCCUUCAAUCUGACGAUGAACAGCUUAAGGAGACUGCGACUUGGACCCAAGGAAUGAUUGGGCGUGUCUUGGUUUCAUGAGGUGAAGCUAUUCCUUCCAAUUGUGGGUAAAAGUCUUGUCUGUUCGUUUUUUUAAGGGCCUCUACCUUUUUCCUUCUUUUGUUUUGUUUUUAUAUUUUCAUCCUUCUAGUUUUUAUCAAAGGUCGUGGAUACUCAAGCAUCCGAAGGGCAGGCAAGGUUGUCUAUUGGGAAAUUUUUUUCUGGAUCUUUAGGAUGUUAUGUGGUCCACUUUUUAUGUAGGAAAUAUUCUUGUUGGAGUGUCUUUGAUUUGAGGCUCCUAGGUGGGUAAGUCUCUUGCCAUUGCCUCAUGAAACUUCAGUUUAAUGCAUCCACUAAUCGGUGGUUUGUGUAAUCAUAUAUUUUGUUCCUCCGACAA